CUCCGGCAUGUAGCGCAGCGACGGCAGCAGACAAAGUGACUGGACGCGCAGCCAGUUACAGAGCGCUGCCCCGGCUGCUACGGGAGGAGGGAGGCUGGGUGGGAGCGAGUGCGCAGGCGCGGCUGUGGGAGCGCUGUGCAGUGUCCGGGCUGCGGCGGCGGGUGAGUGAUACGCUCGGAGAUACAGUGUAGCAGCAGCAACAAGUGCUGUAGAGCCCAUUGUGUGCUCCCUCUGCGCGGAUGCUGGAGCCUCAGGCCUGGAGCUACCAUAUGCCGCCGUGUGCUGUGAGGAGAGAGGGCUGCGCUGCCGGGGAAUGAUCCUGUCCUUGCACACACUUGUUGCUGGAUAAGCUGCAGGAGAUAUUUAAAUAUUUAAGAAUUAUCCUUUACUGUGCUUCCAACACAGAACAGUAUCCUGGGACAUGAAACUUAAUCCACAGCAAGCUCCAUUAUAUGGUGACUGUGUCCUCACAGUGCGUCUCACCGAACAAUCAGAGCUGGAAGAUGAUGUUGUAUUUUACCUGCUGUUUGCUGGUUCCACUCUGAAACACUUAACAAGUACUCGGAAAAUCAACUCUGCAACCCUAGAAACGGUCACCCCAGGUCACGACUGCUGCGAGCGAGUAAAAGUCUCCCUUUGUGCUUCUAAGAAAGGUUCAUCUGUGGUAGUAGCAGUGGAUAACUUUGAGUUCAUCCAGGACGAAGCAUACGAUUCAGCUCAGUUUUUAGCAGCCAAUGCUGGUAAUCAGCAAGCCUUGAUAUUUGCACGGUUCUUGGAUAGUUCAAGACCAUCUCCCGGGGAUGCGUCCAUUCUGGAUGAAAAGAUCACGUUGGCUUUUCGACACCUGCGGUUGCCUAAUGGAUGGAAUGUUCUAGGUGAAGAGCAAGAAAGAAAGGAUGGCCACCUGCAGGAGACGUUGAUGCACUUUGCUGCAAGGCUCGGCCUUUGUCGAUUGUCAAGAUUUCUUCUGGAGCAGCCAGGAGGGAAAACCGCGUUAGCUAUUCCCAACAGAGGAGGUGCGACACCUAUAAGCCUGGCCUUGGAACGGGGCUUCUGGAAAUUGCACCAACUAUUGACAGAAGCGGAUCCCAAAAAAAUAGACUUUCCUAGUGAACCCUCUCAUGGUGAGCAUUCAGGCAACUUCGUUUUGAAACACCAUUGUGGAUUGGAUGUUUACACUCUGACCGAGAAAUCACAAGGGGAGGCUCAUAUGAACAUGGAGAGCAAUAUUGAACAGCUAAAGCAAUAUAUCCAGAGACAUUCCGAUUGUCUGGGCUCAAAUGUUAACACAGAACAGGAACCAGCGUUUGAAGUGACUGCUGAUUUAUGUCACCAGGAUGUAGAGAAACCCGACACUGAUAAACCUCUGGACUCUCAGGCUGACUUACAUAGCAACUCUGACUGCAGAGAUGAGCCUACAGUGACCCCAUUCAGGGAGGAGGGCUGCCUGGGUGACAGGGUCGAGGAGCUUUGCCUUAAAUAUAACAGUGAGGUGGAAACUGUGGGUGUGGAUGUUGUGAGUAAAAGUAAUGAUGUAGACACAAAAGAGGAAAAGGAGGGGAAAGAGCUUAUUGUAGAGGCACAGAAUACACUCGUUACAAACCAGCAGAUGCAAAGCUGUUCCACGGAUGCGCAGGCUGCCGAAACGCUUCUGUGCGGUGGAAAUCUAAAUGCGGAAACUGGAAUGAACUCAACUGGAAUUGUUUUGGACCACAAAGGCCUGUGUAUGAGAGAUAAUACGGGUGAGGAAAUGAUAACUGCUACAGAGAGAACGACUGCAGACGUUGCACUUACGGAAGCUCCAGACAAAGCCACUGAUCUCACCCAACACGUCAGUGGGGAAAUGGGGCAGGCUAUGUAUUGUUACUGUACUAGUGCAGCAAGCGCCAUUGAAACACCGUGUCAUGCAGGCAAUAGUGAACAGGAAACUGGUUUAAUAGCACCCUUAGUUAAUGACAGUCACCCUGUUGAUGCAAACAGUAACCACUUGAGUCCAGAAGUGCUUAGUUUACGCCUUCUAGCUGAAGCAGCGCUGUGUGACGUGGAAUCGGGACAGCCACGCGGUUUGGGCUGCAGUGAAAAACUGGACUCUAAACAAAGUAAACUAAGUGAGAUAACCGCAGAAGACAAAAGUUUUAAAGAGCUUGCUGACCAUUUAAUACUAACUGCUGGUGAAAAAAACCCAGUCAUGGAGGUGGACAAAUGUAUUGAUAGUGUUUUGCAGUUAGUAAAAGGAAGUGAAACCCAACUUCCCCCAGUUUCUGAAAAUGUGAUUACAACAGCGGUCAGUGCAAGCCAGAAAGAAUCUGAAGUAAUCACUAGUGAGAAUGCAGCUGUUACACAGAGAGACUGCACAGAGACCUCUGUCAGUACAGACAGCAAAGUACAAACUGAUGCGCUGUCUAUACCUGUUAGUGCAGAAGACACUCCUCACAUACACAGUGCAGUGGUGUCCCCUGGGGCUACGUUAGGAAAUGUGAUAGGUGAAAAUAGAAUAACAACAGAAAUACCAAUUAAUACUUGCUCUGAAAAUGCACAGUCCACAGAGCCUCUCUUAUUGCCUUGUCAGAAUGAAAUGGAAAAUAUAGAUUAUGAGACAGCCACUGAUUCUCUAGCAGGAUACAAUGCAAACAAGCAAACUGUGCAUCUCCCGCCUAUUGAGCCUAGCAUGGAAGCGUGCAUUGCCGAAUUGAUUGAGUCAAUAAUCCAAGCAGCACUUGCUGUUACUGCCAAUGUACAGCAGCAGAUCUCAGGUACUGGUGACCAGCUUCCACCUGCUGGACAAACAGAACCACUGCAUAAGGAUAAAGAAAUAGCACUGUGUGCUGAAGGCACGUUGAAUAAAGACUCUGACACUCCCUCUCUGUUAAAUGAUCAUGAUUGCCUGAAAAACCAGGAAGUAUUAACAGAGGAAUCAGUUCUCAGUAAUGCAAGUACUGAAAUGCAGGAGGCUGCUGUGACUACAACUUGCCAGCCAAACACACUCCCGGGUUCUGAGCUGCCCCUGAUCACUGACGCAAUAGACGGUGGACGCAGUUUGAUGCAUGGAGAAACAGAUAACCAAGCUCUACAAGAAGAUAUUGUGAGUCUGCCAAUUUUGGAUCAGUGUGCUAAACCAAACACUGGUGAUGGGGAAUGCAGCCUGCAACUGGAGGAACAAGAGGUAAAACUUGUCAAAGAUCCUAAAGAGAUUGCAACACUUGAUAACCUAACUGAGCAGAAACAUUCUGUGGGUUCAGUCUGUGAAGGCGACACAAAAGUCAUGGUUGAAAAGGAAACUCUGGAAACUUCCCCACAAGACAUGUUGGAUACAGAAACAUUAAGUGUUGUUGCUUGUGAUAAGGAGGAGCCCGAGGAGGUUGUCAAGGAGUCAAAUGUAGAGUAUGACAUAGGUGAUGAUGAUUCUGAAGUGCUAAAAGUCUCCAGAGCAUCGCUCCAUCCUAUAGCAGAGGAGUCAUUAGCCAAUGGUGACUCCAGUUCUGACACUGCAUCAACAAGCAGUGAGAGUUCCUCUGCCCUUAGUGAUUCAGAGAAGUCUGUUGGAGCAGAUGACGAGGAUGCUAGGAAAGCACUGGAUCCAUUUUCGCAUGCAGUUGAUUGCCUCUGUGACGAUGAAGAGGCUGCUGCACUUGACAGUGCAUUAAUGGGCUUUAAUGGAGCAUUAUCUAUGGAGGAGUCAGUGACUGCAGUUUCUGGGGUAAUGUUGAGCGAAAGCGCUCAGCCUCCCAGUGUCCAGCGGUCAGAGUCCUUUCACAAUAAAGAGGAUUAUGUGCAGGAUGCAGGUGACGGCUCUCAUGUGCUGAAAGAGGAAGACUCUGGUUUGGAUUUAUCUGUAAACUUGGAGGAGACACUAUGCCCCAGCCUAUCUGACACCGAGAUCGUCUCAGCAGAAAGUCUUGAUGGGAAAGCUGAAGAUGAAGUGGAUUUUGUGAUGCGUUCACACUUGAGCUCCUGUACACAAAUGAUUAAUAGAGAGAGUUGCUGUUCCAUAACCCCAUGCCCACAUCCAGGCUUCUUUGAAUCGAAGCAGCCAAACGACUCUAAAGGGUGUGAGCAGUUUCUGGAGGAUGCACUGGACACUGAGCACUCAUCUCCACAAACACUGAAAAGGGAAUCUGCCGGUGACACUGACAUGUGUUACAUGCCCCCAGAAGUACUGGAUGAAAUGGUGUUCACAAAGCUUGAAGAGGAACAAUCUUUGUGUGAUGCUACCAGCUCUGGUUCAGAUGACACUACUUCUCUAGAGAGGACAUCGUCCCAUGGAAGCGACAUCUCCAUUCCUCGUAACGUGAAAAAGCACAGAGAACGGCACAGCUUGGACAGCAGUUGUAGCAGCACGGUGACUGCAUCUGUAGAGGAGAGGGAGUGCGAGAACUCUAUAGUGUCCGAGGUUGAAGGAGAGGAGAUGGACAAUAUUACAGAAGUGUCUCCACACACCACUCGGUCGAAGAGUGCCAUUCGCUCUCUUUCUCCUUUCCGGAGGCAUAGCUGGGAGCCAGGAAAGCCUAGCAGCAAUGAUGCUGAAAUCAACCGCAGGAGUUCAUUGCGAGUUCUGGGGGAUGUUAUAAGGAAGCCAACAGCUCAUAGAAGAAGUAUGAGCUGGUGUCCAUCAGAUGUACAAUUCACUUCUAUGGGUGGUGCCUUUAAUUAUAGAAGUUACAGCUUGGAGGGCCUUGCUGCCGAUGUGGAUAAUGAGAAAAACCCAGCUACCACUUGUAACUCCUCCUCUGCUGCUGACUCUAGCAAGAGAACUGGAAGAUCAACAUACGAAGGAGAGGACCGUGGGUCCUUGAUUUCCCUGACAGAAGAGGAGCAAGAACCUGAUCAGAGGAAGCACAGAUCUAAACUUGAGACUGGAGGUGGAAAUACUCACUUUCGGGGAUUUGUUUACUCCGGUUCAGUUUCUGCUCCUCACUUAUCAAAGUCUAUGUCGCUUACAGCAAUAGCCAACCCACUUGUGGACAUCCAGGGCCGGACGCGACCAAAGAGGCGAAUCUCCUUCUCCUUCAGCAUCUCUCCGCUUAUUCCUAAGUCUAAGCAUGUCUUUUCUAUUGGCUCCUCGUCCAGCGAGGAUGAGUCAGAUUGCUCACGGUCCUUAAAUAUUACCAGCAACUCUCUGGCUCUGAGCAUAUCUGAGGAAGGCUGCAACCACUUGCCUCCAAGUCCCUCUCGGAAAGACUCUGAAGGAAAAGGUGGGACGAAAGUGAGCCGCACCUUCAGCUACCUCAAGCAUAAAAUGUCCAGCAGCAAGAAAACCAAGGAAAAGGAGAAAGAGAAAGAUAAGCCUAAAGAAAAAGAAAAGGACCCAAAAGAAAAAGACAAGGAUAAGAAGACAGUCAAUGGACAUCUGUUUAGCUCUACGCCAGUGGUCGGUCCCAUUACCUGCAGCAACUGUACCAAGACCUUCACCAAUAAAGAUGGAUAUCUUUGUGCAAAUUGUAACUCAAUUGUGCAUAAAUGCUGUAGAGAGAGCUUCACUCCCUGUGCAAAGGUCAAAAUGAAGCAACAAAGGGUUCUCCAGCCCCAUGAUACCUCUUCGCUACCUGCAGUCAUCCUGAGAAAUAAAGGUCCCCAACCAAAGGAGCGGCCUCGCUCGGCGAUUGUGGGGGCAGAUGAGAACACCUUCACGUCGCUCAGCUUCAACAGCAGAAGACCGCAGACAGCACUUUCUAUUUCCAAAAGUAUCUCUACACAGAACAUUGCAGGGAUUGGAUGUGAUGAAAAUCUUCUGGGCACAUGGAAAGUUUUGUCUCAGUCUACAGACUCUUUGCACAAGAUCAGCAAGGUCAACGAGUCUAUGGAGUCUCUUAUUGAUGAAGGCACUGAAAUGAGUGAGGGGCAGCUCAUGGAGGAGUUUGAGACAGAGUCCAGGCAGCUGGAGGCAGAGUCCUGGAGCCAAGCCGUGGACAGCAAGUUUCUUAAGCUGCAGAAGAAAGAGGUGGUGAAACGCCAGGAUGUCAUAUAUGAACUGAUGCAGACAGAAAUGCACCACGUCCGGACUCUGAAAAUCAUGAGUGAUGUCUACAGUCGUGGAAUGUUGACCGAGCUUCAGUUUGAGCAGCAGGUCCUAGAGAAGAUCUUUCCAUGCAUGGAAGAUUUGCUGAACAUCCACACUCAGUUUUUCCAACGAAUUCUAGAAAGGAAGAAAGAAUCGAUGGCUGAAAAAAGUGAGAAGAACUUUGUCAUCAAAAGAAUUGGGGAUGUUCUCGUACACCAGUUUUCUGGAGAAAACGCUGAGCGUAUGAAGAAAACGUACGGAAAAUUCUGUGGCCACCACAACGAUGCAGUGAAUUAUUUCAAGGACCUACUAUCUAAGGAUAAGAGGUUUCAGGCCUUUAUAAAGAAAAAGAGAAGUAGUGCAGUAGUCAGGCGGCUUGGGAUCCCAGAAUGUAUAUUAUUAGUUACUCAAAGGAUUACAAAGUAUCCAGUACUUUUACAAAGAAUACUGCAGUAUACAAAAGAGAACGAGAUAGAGCAUCAGGAGGUGGAGCAGGCUCUAAACUUGGUAAAGCAUGUUAUAACCGAAGUGAACAACAAGGUCAAUAAUUAUGAGAAGAAGAAACGUCUCAAUGAGAUCUACAAUAAGACAGACAGUAAGUCUAUACAACGGAUGAAGAGUGGCCAGAUGUUUGCAAAGGAGGACCUAAAACGAAGGAAAUUGGUGCGUGAUGGCUGUGUGUUGUUGAGGUCCAGUUCAACCAGUCGAUCAAAGGAGGUGAUGGCUGUUCUUAUGUCUGACAUUUUGGUCUUCCUACAAGAAAAGGACCAGAAAUAUAUGUUUGCAUCACUGGAGCAAAAAUCAACAGUGAUUUCCUUGAAGAAGCUGAUUGUGAGGGAAGUGGCUCAUGAUGAGAAGGGACUGUUCCUGAUCAGCAUGGGAGGAAAAGUCCCUGAAAUGGUGGAAGUACUUGCAAGUAGUAAGGACGAACGCAACAGCUGGAUUCUAACUAUCCAGAAGACGAUGGGUGGAAUAGACAAAGAUGAAGAUGAGGGUGUUCCAAGUGAAUCAGAAGAAGAAAAGAGAAACUGGGACACAAAAGCCAGAGAGCUAAAAGAGCAACUUACACAAAAGGAUGAACAGAUCAUUUCUUUACUUGAAGAAAAACAGAAGAUUUUCCAAACACUGACAGACUGUGGUACCAGUGAGGGGAACUCUUCAGCUGUGCCAGGAAGAAGCCUAUUCCGAGCAAACACAGCAGAAGCUCCUCUAGGAGAGUCUGUUGUGAAAAAUGCAAUAAGAGAGGUUGAAACACUUCAAGUUCUGGUAAACCGGAAUCUGUGGAGCAGUGUGGUGCAGCAGGUUCCUAGUCCUACAGACCUGGAGCCUGCCGUGGGGCCAAUUUCUCUCCCUCGAAGAGCAGAAACUUUUGGAGGGUUUGACAGCCAUCAGCUUAACGCUUCUAAAAGUGGAGAGAAAGAGGAGGGAGAAGACGCACAAGAUCUGCGCAGGACAGAAUCUGACGGUGUUCUGAAAAAGGGAGUAUGUCCAAGUGGUGUGUUUAAGAGAAAUGGCGAGCAAGUUCUUCAGAGCGUCGCUAGUCUUCAUAAGCUCCUGACAUCUUUGCAGAUUGUGGUGGUUCAGCAAGACACAUUUAUCGAGGAUCAGAAGCUGCGAGCCCUCACACGCACGUCUUCAAGACCAAACUCCCUAAUUGAGCAAGAGAAGCAUCGUAACUUAGAGAAACAGCGUCAAGAGCUCGCCGAACUGCAGAAGCAGCAGGCGCAGCACCAAGAGGAGAAGCGUAGAAGAGAGCGGGAGUGGGAAGCCAGGGAAAAGGAGCUGGCACAGCGGGAAACUCGACUUGGGCAGAGGGAAGAGACUGCAAACAAAAGUCUCCAGGAAUUAGAACAAGAGAAGGUUGAGCUGCAGAACAGAAAGGAUGAAUAUCAGCAUGAUCUGGAGCGGCUGAGAGCGGCACAAAAACAGCUAGAGAAGGAGCGAGAACAGCUGAAGAAAGAUAUGGAGACUGUGUCUGAGAAAGGUCAAAAAUCGGACCGUAAACAGAUUUUGGGUCAGCAUGAUAAGCUGAGCAGGGUGUCAUCACUCACUGUGGGCACGGACUCUUCAGCAAAAUGGUAUAAUUCUAGUGCACCAAAACAAGAGCACUUGGAGUCAGAACUGUCUGCUUCACCAAAAAAGGACAGCUUGUUACGGACAGAUAGUAAGCAGAAAGUAAAAGGCCACUUCAAUCUGCUUGGGAGCCAGAGUAAUAAAUCAGUGGAGGGACCUGCCCCCAAUCGCCUCUUUAAUUUAUCAAAACCAAAGGAAAAAAAGGAGAAAAAGAAGAAGGGUAAAGGGAGCCGUUCCCCAACCUCAGACUCUUUUCCUGUAGGAGGACCGACCCAAGAGGAAGAGAUCUUCUGCUGAUAACCAUGUUUUAUAAAGGACAACUGUACACACACAUUACUGUACACUCUCCGUUCUCAUUCCACACAGCAACAUCCACACCAUAAAGCCUGGAUGUGUUACAGGAGGAAAUGUGACUUGUUACUGCUCAUCUUACACGUUUUACAGAGGAUUGCAGCACUGCUCACUGUCAACUCCCAUUGUUUGGUGUUUGAUAAAAAUACCCCUUUCCCUCUUUAUCCCCACUACUGUUGUGUAACAGCCUGCCAUACUUCAGGAGACUUCCCCAUAUAGAAUAAUGGGAUGGUGAACCCAGGAGAAAGUAACCAGGAUGCAUACCUUCUACCAAUCAAUAACUCUUAAGGGCUUAAAAUGAUGUGUCUGGGGCCUUCAAUAUCAUUUAGUACACUGCAGCAACAUAAUCUCAUGUACUAUAACAACUGUCUGAAGAGUUUUUCCCUGCGCCAGCACCAUUGACAAUGAAGCUAUUACUAUUAUCUAAAAAUUCCACUUACAUCUCUAUGUUACCACCUGUUAAAUUCACAAUACUUUGUUACUCCUAUAGUUUGCAGGUUAUCACCAAUAAUCUUAACAGAUUGAGGAUUGCUUUUUUUUUUUUCCCCAACAAGAAAGAUAUGGUAGAUGGAAGUGUUUAAUGAAGUAGGUCAUUACAUUUAGACUAGAUAUAAAUUUAUCCAGAACUUAAAUUAUUUAAAAGAAAAAUGUUAUAAUUUUCACAGUGCUCAGUAAGGAUGUAAAAUUUUUCCCAUUAUUUUCUUGCACCAGUUUGUGCUUAGCACAACUCCGCAAGGCAUCCUGUGGUAAUUAUCUUAUUGGCCACAAGAGGGCAAACUAUGCUUUCUGUCAGGAGAGUUACAGCUGGUUCUGUUCCAAGGUUGUCUUGUGACCACAGCAAUGUUUUCAUCUGUACAGAGAUGUUUUUGUUGUGAAAAACAACCGCAUCAAAGUAUUUUGUUUUCUUUCUAUCCCCUCUAUAAUUUCAGUUAACUUGCAACAUCAUUAUCAAACCCCCUGCCUUAAUUUAUAUAUAUAUAUAUAUAUUUGGAUGGGUUCUUUGAUGAUGUAGUUUUACAGUAAACACCCAGUUGGGCUACAGACACAUUUCUCCCAGUCAUUUCUCCACUAUUUUGUACGACGCACCUUGGGUGUGUUUUCUACUGUUGGGCUGCCAAAAUAAAACUAAGCGUCCCUGACUUUGUUACUGUAUUACAAUUUGUUACUGAGACCAUCUACCUUUCCAAGUAGAUGGAUUUGUUAGAUGGUUGAGUUGAGUCUUUUCUGUAGCAGUCAUUGUGAUACAAUCUCACAAGUUUCUAGAGUUCAUUAAGCAUUUUGGAAUGUUUGCCCCAAGAUACAUGUGAUACAACUGGCCUGAUUAGCUGCUAAUGUGGACCGUGCAGAUGUGGUAGCUGUAAAAUGGCAGUGGAUGCACAAUUUCCCUGAACUGUUUUUUUUUAAUGUUAUAUCCUUACACUCUUCUGACUUCUAAAUAAUAUAGUAGCAAAAUUAUUUUUAAUGGUAAAAAUAAACCUUUUAAAUAAGUGCCUGGGGGAGGGACAUUACGUAAAUAUAGCCCAAUCUAUAUCUAUCACACGAUGUCACAGUUUCCAAACACUCUCCAAAAUGAGGGUACUGUAUAUGGGUAAAAUAGCUAUUUCAGCUAUGAGUGACAGAUGGAAUAUGGGAAACAGUAAUUGGGAAAUACAAAUGUCAAUGAAUCCUUCACAAAUCCCUCACGGUAUAAUGCCACAAUGCACUUUAUAAGCAGCCAUCUCCGUAAUGGCUCAAUUUGUAAGAAAUAAAGACAAUCGGCAAUGUCCAGUAACAUACUGUUGGUACAUAAAGUCAGUGAGGUGUAUACUCUCCAUGACUGAAUCAGUAGUGCAGGCAAUGUAUAUUCUGUAUCACUGACUCUAGAGUGUAGGAUGUGCAUACGCUCCAUGAUUGAUUGCAGUAGGUAACUUCUACACUGGUCCACUUCUCCGCUUUUUACACUGCUUGAUACAUCAACACUUAAGUCUGUAGUGCAGGUUAUCUAUUCUGUGCUUAACUAAGGGGUUUAUGUAUUAAGCAGUGGAGAGAGAGACAGUACCAGCCAACCAGCUCCUAUAAUUUUUUCAAACCCAGUCUGUAACAUGACAGGAGCUGACUGACUGGUACUUGAUCUUCCCCCACUUUUAUCUCUCUCUCUUUCCCUAAAGCUUAGGAUAUAGUCUUCUAAAUCUAUAGUGUAGUGCAGGAGGCGUAUGCUGCGUGUGACUGAAUCUGUAGUGUUAGAGGCGUAUGAGGCAUAUGACUGAAUCUGUAGUGUAGGAGGCGUAUGUCUGAAUCUGUAGUGCAGGAGGUGUAUGCCUGAAUCUGUAGUGCAGGAGGUACAGUAUAUGCUGCAUAUGACUGAAUCUGUAGUGCUGGAGGUGUAUGCUGCGCAUGGCUGAAUCUGUAGUGCAGGAGGUACAGUAUAUGCUGCAUAUGACUGAAUCUGUAGUGCUGGAGGUGUAUGCUGCGCAUGGCUGAAUCUGUAGUGCAGGAGGCGUAUGCCUGAAUCUGUAGUGCAGGAGGUGUAUGCUGCGCAUGGCUGAAUCUGUAGUGCAGGAGGCGUAUGCCUGAAUCUGUAGUGCAGGAGGUGUAUGCUGCGCAUGACUGAAUCUGUAGUGCAGGAGGUAUAUGCCUGAAUCUGUAGUGCAGGAGGUACAGUAUAUGCUGCAUAUGACAAUCUGUAGUGCUGGAGGUGUAUGCUGCACAUGACUGAAUCUGUAGUGCAGGAGGUGUAUGCUGUGCAUGACUGAAUCUGUUGUGCCAGAGGUGUAUGCCUGAAUCUGUAGUGCAGGAGGUGUACAGUAUAUGCUGCAUAUAACUGAAUCUGUAGUGCAGGAGGUAUAUGAUGCGCAUGACUGAAUCUGUAGUGCAGGAGGUAUAUGAUGCGCAUGGCUGAAUCUAGUACAGGAGGUGUAUGCUGUGCAUGACUGAAUCUGUAGUGAGGGAGGCAUAUGCUGCACAUGACUGAAUCUGUUGUGUCAGAGGUGUAUGCCUGAAUCUGUAGUGCUGGAGGUGUACAGUAUAUGCUGCAUAUGACUGAAUCUGUAGUGCAGGAGGUGUACAGUAUAUGCUGCAUAUGACUGAAUCUGUAGUGCAGGAGGUAUAUGAUGCGCAUGGCUGAAUCUAGUACAGGAGGUGUAUGCUGCGCAUGACUGAAUCUGUAGUGCUGGAGGUGUAUGCUGCACAUGACUGAAUCUGUACUACAGGAGGUGUAUGUUGCGCAUGACUGAAUCUGUAGUGCCAUAGGUGCUCUGCAUGACUAGAUCCAUAGUUCAGGAGGUGUAUAUUCUUUGUGACAGAGUCCUAGUGUACAGUACUAUCCCCUAUUGCUUCCCACAGGGACUGUACCACUCGAUAAGCUGGUUUCUCACUUGUAUUUUUCAAUAUACUCACUUGUAGCUAUGUUAGUAAUUUGGGCUAGCAGCUAUAAUGUAAGUUGGAUCUUUGAAGAAAAUUGCUAAUAUUUUAUUAAUUGUCAUGAAAACUAUUCUGUACAUAUGUAAGGGUUACACUGAGAAGCCAAAUAUCCCCGGCCACUGAGAAUCUGUUUCCCAUUUAAUGUGUUGUAUAGUAAAGUGCACGUUGUAUUUUCGUGUCCAGUAAUGUGUUGUAAGCAGUAUUUUGCCAUUAUAGGUUUGUUCCUGUUUCACAAGAAUACAAACCUAUUGAAGAUCAGAACUCGCUGAUCAUAGACUGUAUAGAGCAGGAUUGGGUCACAACCUGAUAAUAAUGUACCGUCUACAUGCUUUAUGUUGGGUUUAAGCACCUUUCUUGAAGCUUUAAUUGAAUCAUAUGAAUUAUUGCUGCUUGAGACCUCAUCCCAGUUGCUUUCUAAAAAAUGAAAGAGCACUUAUUGUGUUGAGUGUGGUCUAAUCUCACAGAAACUGUAUUCGAUAUCCUGUGUAACAAACAGGCAGCUGAAGCCUGUGAGUAAGUGUUUAUUUUCCUUGACUGCCAAGGUAACUGCAAUGCAAAUAUAAAUUUAUUCACUUUUUAUUUUCAAGUUACAAAGUUACAAUUUAUUAUAGGUUAUUAAUGUUAUUUCUUCUGUUGGGCUUUUCAGCAGAGAAUAAAACUUUUUUUUUUUUUUUUUUUUCAAAAGAGAUGAACAAUUACCCUUAACAUUCCUUCUCCACCCACUCUGGAUAUAACGCCUGCUGGACAGGCCGGAGAGAAGCGCCAACCCUUCUAACAUAACCCUAUUUCUUCUCAAAUCACGCUUUUCCUUUCCCGUUUGUAUAUCGCUAAUCUUUGUAAGACAGGAUGAAAUGGUUUGUCUCUCAGCUUAUUCAAAUAAUGAUAUUAUGCCAACGGAAAAGGGCAGUGUCUGGCAAGGUCUGGUUAUCUUGAAUAUAUCUAACUAUAAUAUGACACAAUCUUACCCUUUGAUAAUAUGGCUCAAUUGUGCCCUUUUGGUCUUCAGUACUGAUUGGUUAGUCAUGGCUUCCAGAAUUUAGGUUGAUCACUUAAGCAUCACAUUGCAUCCAUGUUCAGGCCAAAUUAAGUCACAUGUCCUAAAUGUAAUAUGUCCAAUGUUAAAUUUGUGUUUCCGUUUUCAUCUGGACUAUGACCAUUGGUGACUGUACUCUACUUAACACCUUAGCUCUCAAAAUGAAUCAGUGGUAGCAAUAAAGUUCUGAGAGAAAUUCAUAGCCGAAUAUUUUGCUUAAAAGAACAUUUCAUAAAUUCAAUACCUGAUUUGCCCUUGUGAAACCAUGUUCAUGGGAGCCAUAUGUUCCCUGGCAGCAGAGGACCUGGAAAGCACUUCAUAGGUGGCUCUAUACAAGUGGCUAUUGAGAAAUAAAUAAAAGCCCACCCCUAAUUUAAUUCAUUUUUGUUAGGAAAGGAAUGACACAUUGCACACACAAACUGAACACUCAUUGGGUAAUUUUUCUAAAGCACAAACUCACUUGCUUUCAUCUAACAAGGGAGAUCUUGUCUCAGGAGAAUAGUACCUUUCAGGAUAAACAAGACAAUAAAAUAUUAAAAGCAUAUGAUCUGCAAGAAAUUUAGGGCUGCAGAAACAUAAUAUAGUUCGUGUCAGAGAAAAGUGUUUUGCUUUCAGUGUAAAUUUGGCAUUUACUUUUGUAUAUAUUGUACAGUAUAUACAUAUUAAAUGUAUUCAAAAUUAUGAGUUCAUGAAAAUAGGAAACAUUAUUAAAAAUGAAUGGCAUUCCAUUUCACCCUGUCUAUUCCAAAUAAAAUAUUAGCUUUGUACUGUCAUAUAUUAUAUAUCUCUAACCUGGACUGCACUAGAGUAAGGAAACUACAAAAUGCUCAGGAGGUUUAUUAUACCAUGUAUACCUCUGCUUUUGUUUUAUAAAUGCCUGUACUGAGGUACAUGUAGGUGUCAUUUAAAGAUCAGACCACAGGGCUGUUCCUCAUUUAGGGAAUAGUGGCGAGAAACUAGCGACCAGCGCGUUUUGUGUCAUGGCGCUACUUUGUAAAAUUACUGUGAUUUUUAAAUGACCCAAAACUCUAUGCUAAAUGCUAUUGUUUUCUUGUUUGUUUGUUUUCUAAAUGCUGUAAAGAAAUUGAAACAAAAACAGAACUUAAUUAUUUUAUGUUAAUGUGUAAUUAUGUAAAAAGUUAUAACUGUACAAGUCAUGAUUGUUUUCUGUAAUAUGCAAGUUUACUUUGUAACUAGCUUUAAUUUAUCUUUUUUUUUCUUAGUAAUCUGCUGUAAAGACCAUUUUCUCUUAAUAAAUGCCAUCCUUUAUCUAGA